AUGGAGCUAAAUCGCCAAAGGACCGAGUCGUCGCAGUCGCGUCGAGCCGCGCGCCCCUCCGCCGCCCGCGGCCGCGGCCGUGCUGAGGCACGAGGCAGCUCUGAGACCGGCGCCACUCAGAGUCACCUAGUACCUGACACGGCCGGCGCCUCGCCCGCCCCGCCCCGCCCCCGCCCCGCCCCCGCGCCCGACGAGGCCCUUACCGGCGGCGGGAGGUGCGUCGCAGGUCCACGCGUCGCGCAGCAGGCGCGCCAGGUCGGCGCGGCGCGCGGGCUCCGGGCGCAGCGCGCGCCGCAGCAGCGCUCGUGCCGCGCCGCGCACGCGCCGCCACGCCGCCAGCGCCGCGCCGCUCGCACCGCCCGCGCCCUCCGCCGCCGCCGCCGACGCGCGCCGCCACGCCGCGAAGCGCGGCUCGCCGUCGCUGGCGCGCUGCCACGGCAGCUCUGCAAGCGGCGACCCACUGUUACAGCAACAACUGCGAGCGCCGCGAAUACACGCAGAGACCUUACCGAAAAACGUCGUAACAGAAAGUCCGAAGCGAGAGACGCGACCCGUAACUUCGGUACCGUAACUUUAGGGGUGGCGUACGCCUACAGC